CUUUGUUAAUAAUUGAACCAAUAAUAAGGUGCACUAGAACUGUAAAAUUUUCUCCAAAGAGCACCCAUUACAACUUAUGAAAGCUUCUUGAUCAUUUCUCACAACUUAACCCCGCCAAGGUGUCAGGAAAACAACAUGUGAGAAAAACUACAAUGAUUUAGUAUUGUGAAGCAUUUGGUUUUACACGGAAUUGUCGUUUACUAACACAUAUAAUACUACUUCUGUAUAUGAAAAUAACAUAAGUAUUUCCAAAUGUCACAGAAUAUAAACGACAAAGCGAAGCAAUUCAGGUGCAGAAUAUGUUCUGUUGAUUUUAUCGAUAGCCAGCAUUUACUUAGCCACAUGAAUAUACACACGGGAGAGCAAUCGUUCAAGUGUGAUACAUGCGGUGCUGCUUUUUCUUACAAAUGCAUCUUACAAUACCACAUGCGAAAACACACAGGUGAGAAACCAUACAAGUGUGAGACCUGCUCUGUGGCUUUUGCACAUGGAACUGAUUUGCGUAAACACAUGAGAAUACACACAGGGGAGAAGCCAUACAAGUGUGUUUUAUGUAAUGUUGCUUUUACUCAGGCGUCUAAUUUAAAAGGUCACAUGAGAAUACACACUGGAGAGAAGCCACACAAGUGUGAGACAUGCGGCGCAGCUUUUGCACAGAAAAGUCAUUUACUGCGACACAUGGUAAUACACACUGGAGAGAAGCCAUACAAGUGUGAGCUAUGCGGCGUAGCUUUUACAUGUAAGACUAAUGUAGCGGGACAUAUGAGAAAACACACAGGAGAAAAGCCAUACAAAUGUGAGACAUGUGACUCUGCUUUUACCCAUACGUUUCUUUUAAAGGCACACAUGAGAAUACACACAGGAGAGAAGCCAUAUGAGUGUGAGAAAUGUGGUAAAGCUUUUAGCAUGAAAAAUUCGUUAAUGAAACACACACGAGUACACACUGGAGAAAGACCGUUUAAAUGUGAAAUUUGUCAUAAAGAUUUUUCUCAAAGUGCUCAUUUAAAGGCACACAUGAGAAUACACACAGGCGAGAAACCAUACGAGUGUGAGAAAUGUGGUAAAGCUUUUAGCAUGAAAAAUUUGUUAAUAAAACACAUGCGAGUACACACUGGAGAAAGACCGUUUAAAUGUGGAAUUUGUCAUAAAGAUUUUUCUCAAAGUACUGAUUUACGGGUUCACAUGAGGCGUCACACAGGAGAGAAACCAUAUAAGUGUGAGACCUGUUCUGUGGCUUUUGCACAUGGAACUGAUUUGCGUAAACACAUGAGAAUACACACAGGGGAGAGGCCAUACAAGUGUGAGGCAUGUGGCGAAGCCUUUAUAAGGAAAGAUGUGUUAAAGAGACACAUGAGUCAACAUAUGGAAAAAGAGUCUGAAGGAAGUUUCAGUUUAACUGUUUGCGAUUAAUACAUGUAUGAACAGUUUAUGACAUUUAUUAUAGAAAAUAGGAAACAAAAAUUGCAGUGUUUAUCUUUUAAAUUGUUGAAAUUGAGUUAUAAGUUAUUUUACUUACUUAUAUGAUUAAAGAGAAAACAGCAACAGGCAUAUACUCAUUGGAAAAGUUAAUUGGAAUACAAGCCUAAAGAAUCAGUAUUUAAUAGCGUUACUAACUCAUUUCGGUGAAAAGGGCAAAUUGGCCGAAGUAUUUUGCAAUAUUCCCAUCAUAUGCACUAAGUUCAUGAACAUAAAUGUAUGUUGCAUACCAAAACUAUUUAAGUAAAUAAUAACGUUUAAAAAUGUUCUUUUCUAUGUGUAUCACAAACAAAGUUCUCCAUAUGAAUUCGUAUAUCAUGUUAUGUGUCGCAAUUAUUUAGUAUUAUAUUGUUACAUAAAUGUUUUUUGUAGGUUUUAGAAUACAAACAUAUCUAUAGAAGUAACACUUAUUAAGAUUACAAUUCGGUUAUACACACUGUAUAUGUAUGAAAUGAAUAAUACCUGUAGAGGUAUUUUAAUGAUUGUUACUGCUGUCAUUGUUAUGAUAAUGUUAUUUGUCAAUGCUGUCAUUAUAUGAAUAUGUUCUUGUAAGAGCACGGAAAUAAAAAAAUUCAGAAACAUGUAUAUACUAUAGAAUUAUUCAGCGCUAUGAAAACCGUAUGAGGUAUGCCUAGAAAUGUUGACAGUGAUAUUAUUUUUAAA